UUUUGUUUUGUAAAAUUGAUUACCAACUGAUAAUUAAAUUUAGAAUUCCUUAAUAACUUAGUAAAUUAUUUAACAAAUAAAAUAAAAAGCCACUAGAAAUGUCCAAGGUACCAAAAGCAGCUCUCAGUUUAAAGCAGUUUAUGCUACGCCAGGAGGUCCUGAAGCUCUAUCGGGACAUCUUCCGCACCAUUCGCCAGGUGCCCGACAAAAACAGUCAGCUUGAGUUGCGAUCCUGGGCGCGGCACGACUUUGAAACGAAUCGCCACCAGAACGACGAGGUAGCCAUUAAGAUGCUUCUUCAACAUGGUAGAAGGAGCCUAACAGAACUAAAAACCAGCCUCCAAUUGAGUGGAGUGAGUGAGGGCAAAUAGGAACAUUUUGAAUACCAAAUUUAGCUUAAUUUGAUUUUAUUUUUGAGCUCGACAACCGUAAGAAAAUAAAUACGAGUUAAGACUAAGGACUAUGACAAAA